AAAUAAUAAUUAUUGUUACUCAUUGGGACAACAUUGUAACCAUAGACAAUAAAUACUAAAAUAUCACUGAUAUCAUUCGUUUAAUCAUUUUCCUGAAAAACCACUUCUUUCUUGAAGUUUUGAGCAUGAAAUCUUCAACUCAUUCCCUAGUCACUUCAAUAGUUCACAUUCAAAGUUAGUUCAUUCAUGUUCAUUUAUAUUCACUUCAAUACUUCACUAUCAAAAAAUAGCGGUGUUCGAGUAGAUUAGGCACGAUUUUGUUCUUAUUUGUUUUUAACCGUACUGUGUGGUGUGAACCUCUCCGGCAAUAUUAACAAAAAAAGAAGAAGGAAUUGACAUGAUUUCAUGACUGCAGGAAUAAGGUGACACAUUCAAGAUGAUAAACUUAGGAAUUUUAAAGCAAUCUACAAUCGUCCAUCUGUGUUUUGCUAUAUCUUACUUCACAUCUGGCUUGAUUCUGACCUUUAUACAAGCUAUUUUAUACUUUGGACUCAGACCAUUCAAUAAAUCUUUGUACAGAAAGAUAAAUUAUUAUCUGGCAUACUCAUUUUACAGUCAAUUAGUGUUUAUGUCAGAAUGGUGGUCAAAUUCAAAGCUUACUAUUUACAUUAAAAAGGAUGAAUAUGAAAAAUAUUAUGGUAAAGAACAUGGAUAUCUUAUAAUGAAUCACAGUUAUGAAAUAGAUUGGCUUAUGGGAUGGCAUUUCUGCAACACUAUAGGAGUUUUGGGAAAUUGCAAGGCUUAUGCGAAAAAAUCCAUCCAAUACUUACCUCCGAUCGGUUGGAUGUGGAAAUUCUCCGAAUUUGUAUUUCUAGAAAGGUCUUUUGAAAAAGAUAAGGAGACUAUAAAACACCAGAUAUCAGAAUUAUGUGACUAUCCGGAUCCCGUUUGGCUCCUAAUGACACCUGAAGGAACCCGAUACACCAAGAAGAAGCAUGAAGCAUCAUUAAACUUUGCCAAAGAAAAGAACUUGCCACUACUCAAACAUCACUUGACACCUCGCACUAGAGGUUUCACAACUAGCUUACAGUUCUUCAGAGGCAAAAUACCUGUUAUUUAUAACAUACAAUUAGCUUUCGAGAAGGAUAGUAAGACUCCGCCUACUUUAACAAGUUUGUUGUACGGCAAGCCGGUCAAUGCCCAUUUGUACAUCGAGCGGAUACCGGUAGAGAAUGUGCCUGAAGACGAAGGUGAAGCAGCGAAGUGGCUUCAUGAACUCUUCGUUGUAAAGGAUAAAAUGCAAGAUUCAUUUUUCAACACUGGAGAUUUCUUCCUGGAGUCUGGUGUUGAACGAAGGGAGUCGUUUACAGUGCCCCCUCCUAUAUGGUCGCUGGUGAACGCCCUCGGCUGGGCCGUGGUCACACUCACCCCUAUGCUCUAUUACCUGCUUGGUUUACUGUUCAGCGGUAAACUUCUAUAUUUCUCUAUAGCCUGCGCUAUAUUUGGAGCAUUUUUCAUUCUUCUUCAAAAAUCUAUUGGAAUGUCUAAAAUCAGCCAAGGAUCUUCCUAUGGAACAGAAAAGAAGUAAUGUACCUGUUGCAGUAUUUGUUCGUAUACAACGUAUUCUAUACCUAAUACUUGUUUACUAUGGUUUAAAUUAAAAAAGAAAAACAAACUAGAUUGUUUAGUUACAUAUGUUGUAUGUACCUUGUUUUGUUUAUAACAUGGCUAAUGACUGGCUAAAAAUAAUAUAAAAUGACGAAAUGAGAUGCGUAGAGUGUAUUUGUGUGUAAAAAUGUUAAAGUUGUACUUUAAUAAAGUAUGAAUAAUUGUUUCAAAUAUUUUUAAAGCCUCAUAAGGGAAGCUGCUAAUUUUUGAUACAAAAAUAUUGAAGACUUGUGCAUUGUCUGAUUUGUUACAAGUAUUAUUGUAACUGUUCAGUUUAUUUAUUGUUAUUUUUUGUUACAUAAAUAUUCUUUUGACACGUGUAGAUACGAUAAGCGUACGUCUCAAUAUGUUGUAUUUUCCGCGCAAUGCUCUUUAUCUGUUAUUAUGUAAAGUGACUAAUGUUUUAAUUUAUAACAACGAUAAAAUUAAUCUGAGGAAGUAAAAUAAUGGAUAAAUUUAAUGUCUAGAUUACCUCAAUAUCUUGUUUCUAACCUUUAAACAUGUUACUAUCGGAAUUGAACCGAUUAAAUUAUUAUUAAUAAAACUAUUAGGACUGAAUUAAGCGAAAAUUAUAGUAGUGUUUUAAAAUAGACCAAAAUGUAUGAUUACAAACGAAGAUGCGUUCUGUAUUUUCUAUUUUUAUAAAAAAUAAUUUGGAUGCAAUUAAAUUCUAUUUCUCUUUUACAAAAUCAUGUUUUUAGAAUAGUAAAAGUUUACGUGGUGCAAUAAUCUUAUUAGUUGUUGGUUGGAUAAAAAAAUACAAAAUCACAUAUAGGUACAUAAAUAAAAUGAACAUGAUUACAAUUUCGGAUACAUGUUCUAGAUUCACUUGUAUUGAAUUAGCAUUAAUAAUUAAUUCAUUCUUAAUCUGUUAAGUGUAAAAAGGCCAUUCAAAAUCUGACAUCGUAUGGCAAUGACGUCAAAGCUAUUUUUACUCCCAUUGCGCCAACAUGAUAAACAGUUGGAAAUAAAUGGCGUACUUAUUUUUAUUGAUAUAGCUGUCAAAUUCGAAAUAAUUAUAAAUAACUAUUACAUGUUUAUAUAAAAGUACUUCAUCUUUGUCCAACUCACAAACUAACAUCAAAAGUAAACAUUAUUUAGGUAGUGAAAUUAAUUGAAUAUUUAUGCACAAAAUAUGAAUUGUACCAAGCACAAAAUGUUGACUAUUUAGAUUAUAUGUGCAAUUUUGUUUUGUUUCUAAGUGUGAAAGUGUAUUAAGAUUUAUGUUUUUUUACUAUUUUGUGUAAUGCCUACAAGUUUUAAAUAUCUUACUAACUAUAAUGAAGCGUCAAGGGGAAGGGAUGGAUAAAAUAGAAACACCAAGCAUUUUAGAAUUUCAGCAAAUAAUUUGUUUUGUAUAAAAUACAUUGAAUGUUUGAAUUAGGGCGUAAACAAAUACAGUAAGGGUUCCCAUCGUGCUAACCUCAUAUUGAAAAUGUGAAACACGCACAGAGUAAAAUGUAUGACGUGGUGAAUGCGAUCGGACCUUUACGUUUAACGAAACAACUGAUUUGCGUUUUGCGUAAUUAAAAACAAUCACGCAUGGCGUAAUAUCACAAUAUAAUUGCGCCAAAAAAUGUAACGAAAUUACAAGAAUGUAAACUAGCUCCACUAGUUCGUACUCAACGAAUUUGAAAGGACUUUGAAAUAUUUUCCUUUUAAUAGCAUCGCUUAAAUUAAUAUUACCUUGAAUUAAAUACACGUUAUUGAAGUCAAUAAGGCAUGGUUUCUUAUAUUUUAGAUACAUUUAUCAAUUAAAUUUAAAUCCUACAGGUAAUACCAAUAUUUUUGAUAUGUCUGAUGUACUUUUGAUUGGUAAACUUUACCUUAAACUAACAAGAUACCUACUGUACCACUUUGGCACCUUGUAAAGGCGGUUAUUAUCAUAUUAUAUGUUUUUCAGUAAAGAGUAAAACUGCAACCUAUACCACUUUGAAGAAUAUUUUAUGCAUUUAUUAAGUAUAUUCAGGCAAUUAAUGUUAUUGUUACUUUUUCUUUGAGGGUAAACUUUCACAAGCUUUUAAAAGUACGGUAUUGUUGCUACAAACUGUAAAAUUAGUAGGAAAUAGCUUGUUAGAGUAAACUUUAGGUGGCAUUCAAUGUUGAUGUGAUAAUAGACAGUAAAAAUGACAUGAUUAAACUUUACAAGAUGCAUCUGUUGGUUUCAAUUCUCAGUCCAUUAAUCCAAUUUGAAUGCUAAAACAGAGGCAGCUUCGCUUCUAUUCUUUGUAGGUGUCUUAUAGUUGUUUAUUAGGAAUCAUUUUUAAAUUUAAUGUAUGUAAUUACUAACGCCGUUGUCGCUAAUUUGCGACCUCGGCGGAAAUGUUUGGCCAAGAAUUGAUCCUACACAUGUGCGAUUUUUCAUGAAAUUGUGAUAUGCCAAAUUGACACGAUAAAUAGUUCUAUGAAUGUAGCACAAAACUGUGUAAAUUAUAAUAGACUUGUAUUUAUGGUUGGUUAUUUUCAUUUCAAUAGAUAACAUAGAUGUUGUAACUUUGUACGUAUGUUUAUUAUUAUUAAACUUGUACUACUUAUUUAAUGCUUUCAUUUUUACACUUAU